GCCUGCAGCUCGCAGCCCAGCGCUCCUCAGGCUCCGGUGCGCCCAGGAAAGCCGUCCGUGCCCACUGGAACGCUGCUGUCGCUGCCGGGCUAAGGUUCCUAAGACUUCGCCAGCAGCUCAGCACCCAGGAUGGACCUUGAUGGCGAAGCUGAGCCUGCUGGGGACCUUGCUUCUGAGUGUCCCCGCAGGGGCCAGGCCUCCCGCCCGUGCCUACACAGCCUCUGCAUGUUGUGGAUCUCUGGGGACCAGCAGCAGGAAAAAGCCUGGCGGGUCUUUGCAGCCCUGGAGCACCCCCGGGUGCUGUUGCUGGAGCUGCUGGAGGGCAGCAGGAAGUGGCGCACCAGGAGCAGCUCCCCGGAAGCUUGGAUCGCCCAGGAACUCCAGUGCUGGCUGCAGAUGGCGCCAUGGGCCGGAGCCGGGCCUUUCCAGGGUGAGGCGGAGUUGAUACAGCUGCAGUCCCGGGCUGUCUCCCUGCUCAUUGACAGCCCCCUGAUUCUGGUGGAGCCCCUGGUCAGCAUCUUUGAGCUGCAGGACCCAGCGCAUAACCUGCUUCGGGGCCACAUCCAGCGACUGCAGCAGCAGGGCAAGUUCCGGGAGGUGAGCAGCCAGGGUGACAGGUGCCGGGGGACUCAGUCUCCCCAAAACUGCCUCCUCCAUGGAACUGCCAGGGCAUGGCCCAGCCUCCCCUGGCUGGUCUGGACGUGGAAGAGCAGGGGCGUCCACAUAGUGCUCCCAUACCCACAUAGCCCCCACCUCUACACAGACCCCUGUCCAUCUGACCCCCCACCCUGUCUCACAGAACCCUAUCCUCACACUCCCUGUCCACACAUCCUCCGUCCACAUCACCCCUCCAUAAAGACCCCCAUUCGACCCACACAAAGGCGGCUCUUGUCCGGCAGCCCCUGCAGUGCAGCCCGGCCAUUGUCCCGCAGCCUGCAUGCCCCAGUGCCCACCGUGCGCGGGGGGCCGCAUUCAGCCUGUCUGCUCGGAUUAGCGGGCGCCCUGGUCGCGCUGCGCCCUAGGAGCCGCCUCCACUGCCACGUGCCCCUGACACACACACAGACAAACCUUGACUUGCGCCUGCACCCUCCAGUCCCCUCCCCAGCAGGAAAGGCCUGUUACUGGAGCCAGGUGGCCGUGGCCUAUGAGCUGCUGGCCGUCCUGCUGAGCACUCUCCCAGCACUUUUCUGGUGUGGGAGGCUCUCGCCUACGUCUGCCAGCCAGGCCAUGCUUCUGGGCAUGAAGCUGAAGCUGCAGCCAGAGCUGGACUUGGAGAAGAUGAGCGUGCCCCUGCUGCUACAAGGUGAGCGGAGCCUGGUGGAGCGCUACGUGGCUGACUUCCCCGAGCUGCAGCAGUGGCUGCUGGGCCUCAUGGACGCCUGGUGCCAGCCAGGCUUUAGGAUCAGCGUCUUGCUAAGACAGUACCCACACGUGGCCUGCCGGAAAUUAGAGCGGCUGAACCCCCGGGAGCUGAGUAAACAGGUGCUGCGACUGCAAAAGCGUUAUGGCCUGGACCAAGCUCUAUGUCCUCAGGCCAACACGCAGCGGUGCCUGGCAGCUCUGCGCUACCUUUGCUACAAGCGGUUUGUGGAGGGAAGUCUCUCUCAGGAGGACUGGGCUGACUUUGUGCAGGACCUGGUAGGCCAGAACGAGUGGCUGCAGAGGCAGCUGCUCCGACAGCUGGUCGUACACAAUGAUGCGGCCACCAUCGCCCGCUGUGCCUUGGACCUCUCACUGCCCAUCUCAUGGCUCCCGGCUGCGGCAGCCGCAGAGCUGGGUCAGCUCCAGAUGGAGGAGAGGAUGGUGGAUGCAGCUUUGGAGGACCAGCACAAUGACCACUACCAGCUGCCCAUCCCCAGAGAUGCCAUCCACUUAUUGGCCUCCGCAGAGGACCUGGCCCAACACGAGGCUGAACUCCUGCAGCCUGGCCAGGUGGUCGGCAUGGACCUGGAGUGGAGACCCUCCUUCGGAGUGGGGGUCCGGCCCCUGCCGUCGCUCAUGCAGGUGGCCCUGGAGGGCCGCGUCUUCCUGCUCGACCUGCUUCAGCUCUCACAGCCGCCGGGGGGGCCGGGGGGCCGGGCCUUCUGCCAGCUGGUAUCCCGGCUGCUCUCAGACCCGUCCAUCACCAAGCUGGGCUAUGCACUGCCAGGAGACCUUCGGAGCCUGAGCAGCCUCCAUCCUGGCCUAGCCCACGUUCACAAGCUGCUGAAGGCCGGUGUGGACCUGGAGGUGGUACACCAGCAGAUACGCAUGGCAGACAGCCCUGAUACGGGCUCUUCUCGGGGGCUCAGCCAACUGGUUCAGAAGGUGCUUGGGAGGCCUUUGGACAAGGCCCUGCAGAUUUCCAACUGGGACCGGCGGCCACUGAGCCCGAGGCAGCAGGUCUAUGCAGCUGCUGAUGCCUACAGCCUCCUGGAGGUGUACUGGGAGCUGCGCCGGGAGCCUGCCCGCUUCCACCUCUCCAAGGACUUGAGCGCACAUCUCAGUCCUUCUAAGGCCAAGAGCCGUCCACCUCGGCAGGACACAGGCCUGCACCCAGAGAUGCCGCUGGCCGAGCAGGAGCCGGUGCCCCCGGGCCCUGAGGUGCCAGUGCGAACCUUCCGCGUGGUGUGUGACAACAUGCUGGGGGGCCUGGCACGCCGCCUCCGCUGUCUGGGUGCCGAUGUGUUGGUGCUAGGUGCCAACGAUGACCACCGACGGGCAGCUGAGGUGGCCCGCCAAGAUGGAAGAAUCAUCCUGACCUCGGGGCUGCCAUAUCACCAGCUGCGGUCCCAGGUGGGCCCUGGGCGCUGCCUGUCGGUGGACAGUUCCCUUAAGGCCCGGCAGCAGGCGGCCGCCGUGCUCCAGCACUUCCACGUGUGUGUGGCCCCCUCCGACAUCUUUCGCCGCUGCCAGGCCUGCAACUCUGACCAGUACUUGAAGAUCGCCCGGACCACCAUGGAACAGCUGAUGGGGCUCAGCGGCCAGGACUGUGCAGGUGGCGAGACCACCCAGAGAGAGGAGCCAGGUGAGGCCGGGGACCACCCAGCAGGAGGGGCCUGGGGCGGGUCAGCGAGGGACGUCCCCCAUUGCGCGGGCCCCAUCUCUGUCUCUCUGCGUCUCCUCCUGCAGGCCCGGCCGAGGCUCCGGGGGGCUGCGCCUUCGACCCCCCCGCCGUGCCCCUGGCUGGAGUUGGCCGACCUGCGGAGCCGCGCGCCCGCCACGCUGCCCAGCGGCGCCGAGCUGCAGCUGGCGGCCGUCCCGCGGGGGCUGCUGCGGAGGCCCGGCCUGCGCCACUUCUUCUGCUGCGCCGGCUGCGGGAAGGUCUUCUGGGACGGCUCGCACCUGGGCCGCGUGCUGGCCACCUUCCGCCAGGUGCUGGACGACGCCCCUGCCCAGGGCUGA